AUGGGUGACACUCAAGGAACGGUGAUUGCUGGUGGCAAUGGAAAAGAAAUCCGUUUCGAUCAACUGUGUGAACCUUGGUAUGUAUUUCUCAAUCGAGGUCAUUCAUUUUAUGGGUCUGAUUGGGGAAAUCAUCGUGUGAUGAAACGGGAAGAAGGUGCAAAACAAGGUAUUGUCGUAGCCGGUGGUCAAGGGAAAGGCAAUAAUUGUAGAUAUUUGUUCUCUCCUGAAGAAGUCGUUGUCGAUCAAUUAGGUACUGUCUAUGUGUCUGGUUCUUGGAAUGAUAGAAUCAUGUGUUGA